GUGACUAUUGGGUCAGGAGGAGCAAAGGCGGGAAUUUGUGUGGAGGAUUGUGUGAGGUGAUUCUAGACUGUUCUGCCUCUGUGCCUCAGUGAUGGCGAUGGUUCGGUCGUUAUAGGCUAUAGAAUUCAAAAAGAAAUAUGAAAAAAUUAUGGAAAACUUGAGGUGGCUGAGCAAAUGCGAAACCUGGUGGCCUUGCACAUUUUUUCACAGCUGAGGAUGAGAAUGCGCUGACAUAGUGAGGAGACGUCUGGGUGUCACAUUCUACAGACAGAAGUUUUAGCUGGACCAGGCGGAAGCCAACAGGAACCGCCAGUGUGCCCAAUCGAAUGUUUUCUCAGCAUCAACAGAGAGCAGGGGCACCAACGGUCCUCCUUGAUGGAGAACAAUAAUUGCCAACAGUGGGAACUGGCACUGGCAAGGGAUUGGUAGCAGGCGGACAUGUUUUCAUACCUCUGCUCAAAAGAAAUCACAUACAUCAUUUCUUCAAGAGAGCUGGGAUUCCAAUUCUAAGCUGCAGAACAAACCCUUAGCGAAUUGGUGUUUCUUUCAAUAACCUCUAAAAUGGAAUAUAAUUGCACCUGUCACAUUGUAGAAAUAUGACUCCAGAUUUACAUAUGGAUUAAGGCCUCGAGACCAGACUUUUGAUGUGGAAAAAUCUGGAUUACUGUUUUAUUUAGUGACCUACUUGGGAAUACUUGGUAUUUGGAUUGCAAACUAUAAUUAGACGUAAAAGACUGAGAAACCUGUAUGCCUGCGAGCUGAAAGGGCACUGAUGUGACCCCUGUGCACUGGUUUACAAUGAAGAAAAGCAGGAGUGUUCUGACUGUCUCGGGAGAUGAGCAAAAACCCAGAGACGAAUCAGGGAGAUAUAGCAGAUCGUACACUUCAUCCAGCACCCUGGGUGCAGAACUUCGCAGGGGGAAAAGGCGACCCUCCUCAACCCUUCAGGUUCCACCCUGGAGACCCGGUGAGAGGGCACGCUCACCAGACUAUGACAGCAUGCAGAGACCGACCACUCUCCCCCUGCGGAUCCCUCCACGCAUCUCCAUCACUCAUGUGGAUCCUGACAGCUUCGAUGUGGAAAAUGGGCCUUCUCCAGGUCGCAGCCCGAUUGAUUCGCAGGCGAGUCCAGGGCUGGUGUUGCACCCCAGCUUCCCACAAAGCCAGAGAAGGGAGUCAUUCCUGUACCGGUCGGACAGUGACUAUGACAUGUCCCCCAAAACCAUGUCUCGGAACUCCUCCAUCACCAGUGAGGCGCACGCUGAAGACCUCAUUGUUACCCCAUUUGCUCAGGUGCUGGCCAGCCUGCGUAGUGUCCGGAACAAUUUCACAAUCCUCGCCAACGUAACAACACCCAACAAGCGCUCCCCAGUAAUGCCUCAGCAAACGGUCUGUAAAGCCACUCUCUCAGAGGAGACAUAUCAGCAGCUAGCCAAAGAGACGUUAGAAGAACUAGAUUGGUGUCUGGAUCAGCUGGAGACCGUUCAGACCUAUCGCUCUGUCAGUGAAAUGGCUUCCAACAAGUUCAAGAGAAUGCUGAACCGUGAGCUGACCCACUUGUCUGAAAUGAGCCGUUCUGGGAACCAGGUCUCAGAAUAUAUUUCCAGCACCUUUCUCGACAAACAGAAUGACGUGGAGAUCCCUUCCCCAACACAGAAGGAGCGGGAGAAGAAGAAGAAACAGCAAACCAUGUGCCAAAUCAGUGGCGUCAAGAAGCUCACCCACAGCUCCAGCCUGACCAACUCUACUAUACCUCGAUUUGGAGUGAAGACCGACCAGGAGGAGCCUCUCGGAACGGAAUUAGAAAAUUUAAACAAGUGGGGCCUUAAUAUCUUCCGAGUUGCGGAAUAUUCCAAUAACCGUCCGCUGAGUUGUAUCAUGUACACCAUAUUUCAGGAGCGAGAGUUGUGCAAGACCUUUAAGAUCCCUGUAGACACACUAAUAACUUACAUGAUGACCUUAGAAGAUCACUACCAUGCAGACGUGGCGUACCACAACAGCUUGCACGCCGCUGAUGUCACGCAGUCCACCCACGUGCUUCUCUCCACUCCAGCAUUAGACGCGGUGUUUACAGAUCUGGAGAUCUUAGCGGCGGUGUUUGCAGCUGCCAUUCAUGACGUCGACCACCCUGGAGUUUCCAAUCAGUUUCUUAUUAAUACAAAUUCAGAGCUGGCAUUGAUGUACAAUGACGAGUCGGUGCUGGAGAAUCAUCAUCUGGCCGUGGGAUUCAAGCUCCUGCAGGAAGAGAACUGUGACAUUUUCCAGAACCUGACAAAACGCCAGCGUCAGUCGAUGAGGAAGAUGGUGAUUGACAUGGUCCUAGCAACAGAUAUGUCCAAACACAUGAGUUUGUUAGCGGAUCUGAAGACCAUGGUGGAGACCAAAAAGGUGACCAGUUCUGGUGUCUUAUUGCUAGAUAACUACACAGACAGGAUACAGGUCCUCCGCAAUAUGGUGCAUUGCGCUGAUCUCAGCAACCCGACCAAACCACUCGAGCUGUAUCGUCAGUGGACGGACCGCAUCUUGGAGGAGUUCUUCAGACAAGGUGAUAAAGAGCGAGAAAGGGGGAUGGAGAUCAGCCCUAUGUGUGACAAGCACACGGCCUCUGUGGAGAAAUCACAGGUUGGCUUCAUUGACUAUAUUGUCCACCCUCUGUGGGAGACAUGGUCAGACCUCGUACACCCGGACGCUCAGGAUAUCUUGGACACAUUGGAGGACAACAGGGAUUGGUACCAGGGCAUGAUCCCCCAGAGUCCAUCACCACCACCGGAUGACCAGGACAAGGAUGAGGAAUCCUGCAUUGAUAAGUUCCAGUUUGAGCUGACGUUGGAAGAAGAAGGGGAAGAAUCUGACAAGGACAGGAAUAGUGGCAUUGAGGAAGAGGAGGGUCCUCUCCAGAGUCCUGACAUCUCUGAGCAUCAUCCAGACAUUGAGGAGGACACGACAAUACAAGAAGGAGAAGUAGAACAGACUGAGGACUCCUCGGACAACACCUCUCCGGUGGAGUCCUGAACCUUAAUGACACUUAAAACUCUAAAGACGUAACUUGAUAAAACAAAGAACUAUUUUACACGGAGAUCAAAAUGUGGUUUAUUUCCAGUUUCAUAUUUAUUUAUUUUUUUGCUUUUUAAAUUUUUUUUUUCCUUUUUUGUCUUUUGUUGUAUUUUUUUGUAUUCUCAAGGGGAACAAACACAAUUACUGUAGAUUCAGAUACUUUGCACAGAAUAGGAGUUUGUUGCCAUAAGAAAGUUACAACACACUCUACAAACAAAAAAGAACUGUAACUUAUUUUAUUUUUAAUACUUUUUUUUUCCCUUUCAAUUUUUUCUUUCCCUUUUCAAACGGAUGCAACAAGCGAAAAACAAGUUUUAAUUUCUAUAUAUUUGCGCAUGCAGUGAUAAGCCAUUUUUUUUUCAGGAUAAUGGAAAAAAAAAGAACAAAAACCCAUUGAGAACUAAACUGAAAAACAUACAUAAUUUUUUUUUUUUAUUUCCUACAGUGGAACGUUGUCAAUUUUUUUAUUGUAUUUAUUUUUAUUUUUUUUGUAAAACUACAAAAGAAAAUUCUACUCACUCGGUCAAGCUGGGGCCACUCCUGUGGAUUAUACUGUAUUUUUUAUUUUUAUCUGUUUUAUUUUCAGGGGUGAAGUAGGAAUCACAAGGACUGUGGAAGGGGUGUGCCUUUUAUGUAUAUGUAUUUUUGUGUCUUUAGUUGUGUGGCAAAAUGGCGCUCCCAUGGCAAAGGCUUCUGGGUAAUCGGUGAGCAGCAGCGGUCCUACAAGGUUCCAUGUGACCUAUAAAACGCGUGUGUGGUGGUCAGAUUCUCCCCAAGGGGUAAGAGGUCACACAAGACGCAAGGGGAAGGUCUGUCACCCUCUGUUUGGUAGCCAAACUGUAAAUGAAUGUGGAAUCCUUUAGCCUCCAACAGACACUUUUUUUUUUUUUUUGGUAUAAAAGAAAAAGGAGAAAAAAAAUAAUACGUAAAAAAUAGUAAUAUUUUAUUUAAAUUUAUCCUUCUCUCUAAUCUCGUAACAUAGAUAUAUCUAUAUAUAUAAUAUAUAUUUUCUAAAUGCUUAUUAUUUAUCGAUCGCCUUCUCUCACGAGAUCCACGUCAACGCCAUAGAUUUAUAGAAGGUUGCAGCGAGAGCAUAAAAAAAAAAUUAAAAAAAAGGACUAAUAGACGGGGAACAGAAUGAUUGUCAAUGUAGAAGCCUCUUGCAGCUUGGCUGAAAGUCUUCCUCAACUGUACUUUUUGUUAUUUUUGCACGUACUGGCAAUACACUCACAGCAAAGCGUUUUUUAGGAGACGGCAAGCUGCAAAAGUGUCUGUGGGGGAGGGGCGGGUGGUUUUGAAGGGGGCGAGGGAUAUAAUACAUUGACUUUCCACCAGCAGUUUAUUACUUUCUUUUACAUUUUAUUUAUUUUUUUCUUUUUUUAUGUUGUAUUGUGUGCGUGCAUAUUUUUUUAAAAUAUAUUUUUGUAUUAUUUUUCUUGCCAAAAUUUUUUGCAGGUCUGUAAGCUGCCUCUACGGAAGAUGAAUAUAUGUCAAAAAUCCUUUGUGUUGUACCUGAUCUUUACUACUGUAAUAUCAUUAGAACUAAUCUUGCCAGAUUAUAUGUUCCUCUGUCGCCCUAGGAGAGGGGCACUGCGUUCCUAAGUCUGCUGGAUUUCUAAUAGCUCUCAGCCUGCAGGACCUCACCUCUCUGCUGGUUUAGUGUCUGCACAGAUAGGAUGCCUUAUGGUUGAUGUAUAGUGGUCCUUCAUUUUUAUCAAAUUUAAUUAAUAAUUAUUUAUAGUGUGGAAACCCCCUCGCCAAACCUGGGCAACAUGUCUGGACACAGGACCCACUCCCAUGUCCCCAUGAUCAGUAUUAGCAAUGACCACUCAUUCAUUGCCCUAUAUAGAUUUCAAUUCUAACGCAUUUCAGUCAAGUUUAUCUCUAAACUUGGUAUCCUAUCGCUAAAAAACAGUCACCAGCUUCUAUGUCAGCCCAAUACCCACCAGGCUCCAUAAAGCCAACUUUCCCCUGAUGUAGUUUGCUAUUGGAUGGGACUGUCAACUCAUAACGCAUUUAGUAUCCUAAUUGAAGUUGGUUUGCCUCAUCUCCCAGUGGUGGUGGUGAAUAGCAACUCUCCUAAAUAAUAGCCACACCAAAAUGGCUGCGUUGAACACAUAUUUGGCCAUAGAGAAGCAGCUUACAGACAGCAGUAUUUAUUUAUAGUUACAUCUGCCUUAAAAGCCAAAAUGUGUUGUCCAUAAUCUCGCGAAUCAUUGUUUUUUUUAUUUAUUUCAUGUGAAAGGGCUGUCCAGGGCGAGAGGGUGGAGAGCGCAAAACAAAGUUUUUUAAUAUUUAAUACCAUUUGGCACAUACAUUGUGUUUUUAUUUUGUAAUAUAUUUUAUUUCCUAUGUGGCUUGCAUCCUUCCAAAGAUUAUAAAAACAGAGCAUUGUACUUAGAGAAUGAGGCUAUGGAGGACCUUUUGUGUGCCUGGAGUGUUGGGAAACGUGGUUGUAUGAGUGUGGGAUAAAAAUAAAUGUUGUAAGUGUGUGGUGGCAUCUCUGAGGAAAAGGUGGGGAAGGGGGCCUUCCACCACUCUGGAGAUAUGACAUCUGAAUCCCUUGGCGUCUUUUGUUUACAUGAACAAUCUCUCACAUUAUGGCUAUAAAAGGUACCAAGGGAAUCAGACGACUGCUGGCAAUCCGGCAUGCUUUACACCAGUCCCCCAACCUGGUCCUCUAGGCUCACAAACAGGAUUGAAAUUGUCCCUGUUCCAAUAGAGUAACUGAAAAAGAAACAGAAUGUUGGCGGGCCUUGAGGACUGGGUUGGGGACCACUACUUUACACCAUUAGGCUUUUUAAUGGAUGAUCCAAAUCGAGAAAACAGUGAGUACCUUUAAAACUUAACUAUGUUUCAAUAGUACUGUACAAUUAUUUACAGUAGCCUCUACCAUAGCAUCUGUAAGAUGACCUGGGAAAGCUGAACCAGUGGGGAAAAAGAAUCCCCAAGCAUUGGACUGGAAAAUGAUGCCUAAUAUAUACUCCUCCCCUUUGUGAGCCUUGUCAACCAAUCAGCAGAACUAAGAGGGGCCACAUGACACACUUUAGUGCCUCCUGAGUGUGCUAGAAUGAGGGUUUACUAACUAGCACUUAAGGGGGGAGAUAGGUAGUUAUAAAGUCUAUCCUGUUGUGCCCACCAGUUAAUCUUUAGUAGAGGUGUCUCAAUGUAAAAAUUUGACAAUUAUCAUGUUUGCGAUAAUUGUCCAUUUAUCCCAAGGUGUAAAGUAAUGGCCCACACCGGUGCAGGUCCCAUGAUUUGCUCUCAAGUAGCAGUGGUCAGUUUUCACUGUCACUAUAUAGUCUUGAGUAAGAGACCCAGUCAUGGUAAGAACAGACAAGUGCUCUUGGGUGUAAGGUUGUUAGGCAAUACCUUACUGGGAAGUCUAACGUUUUAUGAAAAUAUUUUAUAUACCCUCUAAAAGCAGGUUUGAAGAGGGUAGAGCAAUGGUCCCCAACUCAGCCCCCAAGACUGAGCCUGGAGGACUGGGUUUAUGAACCACUGAUGUAAAAUGAUCCCAAUGGCCUCUGAGGCGUGUUGCCUUGUGUUGAGUUUCUCUUUGUAAAAGGUCUAAGGUUUGCACUUUAUGCUCUACUUAUAGAAGUUAUAUACUGCAGCCUUUUCUGUGACACUAACCUGUAUUGAGGAAUAGAUCAGCCAUUCACAGUCAUGGAAGACAUGUCCAUCAUUUCACACCAUCUCGAGAAUCUUCAUACUUUUGCUCGUUUCUCAUUUCAUUCCAAGUGAGCGAGCCUGCACUAAAUAAAUAUGUGAGUGUGUGUGUGCUACCACUUUAUGAACUUUGCACAGCUGUAAACUUUGUCCUACGUGUUUGGGUCGAUCUAGUGUAUUAUUCAAGUGUUCUUCUGUCCUAGUUGAUCCUACAACCCACAUUUGGUCAACAGGUAGCAAGAGAAUCAUAGCUUUUCAUAUACAGUGUGGAUGAAGGUCUAUAGUUGAUCCUGUUUCAUGAAUCGUUUUUGUUUUUCACACAAAAAAAGCCAAUUGAGACAGAUUCCAGCAAUGUCUGAAAGGGCUAAGUGAUGAUAGGAGGCCUAAAUGUUAGGUGAGGCUGAAUGGUGAUCAUCCUCUAAGCCACAUCCAUCUACCUGAUUACUUAGAUUCCUAAUAAAUGGGGACAUGUCACUUUUAUUUUUCAGAGGCAGCCAUACGUUUACAAAUGUUAUGGACAAUGAGAUAUUUCGUAGCAAGGUAGGGAUUACACUGGACUGUCUAAUUCCAGACCUUAUCAUAAUACUGAGAGACACCAGGGAGUGUAUGAGGCUAAAACUAUAUGGACAAUCCUGGUUCUUAUGAUUGCCUACCAUAGUGGACCCACCGAUAUCAUUGUACCCAUCAUAGGUGACACAGCCAAACGAGUACUAAGUAAUAGCUUUACCAUAAAAACAACACUGUUAUACAUUGUAACCCUUAUCCUAAGGUCACAUGACCCUCAUGGUCAGCAAAUAUUAAGAUACUUUUCCCAAUGCAAUGGAAUUUCUUGGAGAAUUUUGCCUUUAUUUAACGGAACACUAAACCAUAACUCUGAUCUACAUUGUGUUGUUGGAAAUCUAUUAUUCCCUGUAAGCAGUCAUAGCAGACUCAAAAUUCAUGGCCCCUUAAAGGUUACACACAUCCACCAUAUUCCUGUCUGUAUUGUACUAACAAGCUACGCUCAGUGGAAUUUCCGCAUUCAUCUUUACAUUCCCCAGAUGCUCCUGGCAUGAUACUUAAUAAACAAGGAAGGCCCCGUUUGCUUUCUGGCGCCAAAGGAUGUUGUAUGGUUUUAAGGUGUCCAUACAUAGAGCAGGGCUUGGCCUCUAGGCAGCAUUUGUCACAGUCUCACGAUGUGUCCCUGGUGUUUCUCAGUAUUAAAUACUAUUAGGCUUAGCUCCUAGAGAAAUCUUUUGUCCAUGUUUCUUCUCUUAUUGUAGUAUUAUCUGAUUGUUAUAGCCCCAGUGUUCUACAUUCUGAUGGAUUGCAAUGCCAUCAGAAUAAUGGUUCUAUCCACUCACUGGUAUUAAAAUGUGUACUGUAAAAGAUGGGUCACUUCUGGGGUCAGAUGUCAUUUUUGUUUCAAUAAAUACAGUCAUGGCCGUAAAUGUUGGCACCCCUGACAUUUUUCAAGAAAAUGAAGUAUUUCUCACAGAAAAGUAUUGCAGUAACACAUGUUUUGCUAUACACAUGUUUAUUCCCUUUGUGUGUAUUGGACCUAAACCUGGACAAAAUUAUUGGCACCCUUAACUUAAUAUUUGGUUGCACACCCUUUGGAAAAAAUAACUGAAAUCAGUCGCUUCCUAUAACCAUCAAUAAGCUUCUUACACCUCUCAGCCAGACUGUUGGACCACUCUUCCUUUGCAAACUGCUUCAGGUCUCUCUUAUUGGAAGGGCGCCUUUUCCCAACAAAAAUUUUAAAGGGGUAUCCCCUAUCCAAAGGAUAGGGGAUAAGAUGGCUGAACAUGGGAGUCCCGCCGCUGGGGACCCAUGCUCUGCCCCUCAGUCCCACCGCUGGGGACCCACGCUAUCCCGCCCCCUCCCGUAGGCUUGCAUUGAGGGGCGGAGGCGUGACGUCACACGCUGCCGGCCCGGUGGUCGCCUGUAAUCAGACCCGGAGCGAACAUGCUCCGGGGACUGAUUACAAACGGGGUGCCGCGUGCAUGAUCCCGGGGGUCCCCAGCGGCGGGACUCCCGCGAUCAUGCAUCUUAUCCCCUAUCCUUUGGAUAGGGGAAAAGAUGUAUAAGCACCGGAGUACCCUUUUAAGAUCUCUCCACAGGUGUUCAAUGGGAUUUAGCGCUUUGUUGCCAUCCAUUUCUAGGUGCUUUUUGACACGUUUGGAGUAAUUCUCCUGCUGGAAGACCCAAGAACUCGGAAGCAAACACAGCUUUCUGACACUGGGCUGUACAGUGCGACCCAAAAUCCGUUGGUAACCCUCAGAUUUCAUGAUGCCUUGUACACAUUCAAGGCACCCAGUGUCAGAGGCAGCAAAACAACCCCAAAACAUCAUUGAACCUCACCCAUAUUUCACUGUAGGUACUGUGUUCUUUUCUUUGUAGGCCUCAUUCCGUUUUCAGUAAACAGUAGAAUGAUGUGCUUUACAAAAAAAAAAAAAAGACGUUUUCCCAGAAAGAUUUUGACUUGCUCAAGGUCAUUUUGGCAAAAUGUAGUCUUGCUUUUUUAUGUCUCUGUGUCAGCAGUGGGGUCCUCCUGGGUCUCCUGCCAUAGCGUUUCAUUUAAUUUAAAUGCCGAAAGAUAGUUUGCACCGAGACUAAUGGUCCCUGAGCCUGCAGGACAACUUGAAUAUCUUUGGAACUUGUUUGGGGCUGCUUAUCCACCAUCCGGACUAUCCUGCAUAUACACCUUCCGUCCACGUCCAGGGAGAUUAGCUACAGUGCCAGGGGUUGCAAACUUCUUGAUGUUGUGCAAAGUGGACAAAGGCAAAUCUAGAUCUCUGGAGAUGGACUUGUAACCUUAAGAUUGUUGAUAUUUUCCCACAAUUUUCGUUCUCAAUUCCUCAGACAGUUCUCUUCUCCUCUUUGUCGUCCAUGCUUAGUGUGGCACACACAGACACACAAUGCAAAGACUAAGUGAACUUCUCCCUUUUUAGCUGCUUUCCGGUGGGAUUUUGAUAUUGCCCACACCUGUUACUUGCCCCAGGUGAGUAUAAAGGAGCAUCACAUGCUGGAAACAAUUACAUUUUUCCACAAUUUUGAAAGGGUGACAAUAAUUUUGUCCAGCCCAUUUUUGGAGUUUGGUGACAUUAUGUCCAAUUAGCUUUUUUCCCUCCCUUUUUUGGUUUAGUUCCAAUACACACAAAAAGAAUAAACAUGUGUAUAGCAAAACAUGUGUUACUGCAAUCCUUUUCUGUGAGAAAUACUUCAUUUUCUUGAAAAAUUUCAGGGGUACCAACAUUUACGCCCAGAAUCGAAGUUCUAUGUGCAGUGCAACCAGCCUAUUUUCUUUGGGGUUGACAUUGCAUCGCAUUUACAGAUCAGUAAGAUUUGUUAAUUUUGCCAUACAUGAGACAUUACAUAAUCCCAAAAUUGUUCCUUUUUUACUCCCAGUCUAAGCUUUUGGCAUUUAGUAUUCUGUUUGCCAGUAUAAACUAAAAAAUUAUGUAGAUUUACAAUCUUGAAAAUCCAGCUUGGUCAAGAUUGGGGCUUGGUUUGUGCCCACAGCAGUUCCCUCUUUUAAUAUCAGAUAUUUAUUUGACUGUCCAUGUAUCAAAAACUGUUGCUCCACUGUUGGAUCAUACAGAUAACCUAUGGCCAAACGCUGGAGCCGGGAACUUGUGACAUCAUAGCCCCCCCUUAUGACAUCACGCUCCAGCCCCCUCAAUACAAGUCUAUGGGAGGGGCCAUAAGCAGCUGGGCACAUGCCAUUGAUUGUCUAAUGUCUCUGGUAAUCCAUCCUAAAAAGAUUUAAAAGGAACAUUUCAUUUGAAAACCUCUUGUAAUUUGUCAUGUUUUUUUUUAUGUAUUUUUAUUUUUGCCUUUCCUCAAUUUCCAUGUGUUUUUGAUGUGUCUUUAGCAAUUAGGUGACGUCUACAACCAGUGGAGAGGCCACCAUGUCUCCUCACCGUCUAGUUUGGGAUAUGAAAAGUGUUGAAAAUUUGUACCUGUUAGGAAAAAAAAAAAAAGACUAGCGUUGAAAAUAUAAUACGAUGAAAUGCCAUUUCUGUACACAGUACUGUAGCAAUUGUUUUUUUCUAUUUUAGCCAUCACUUAUUAAUUAACUCUUGCAGCCCCGGAGGGACUUUACAAAACUGUGUUAUCGAAGGUGUCCUCGGGGGCUGUGUGGAGUUUCCCCCCUUCUCUGCUGGAAAGGAGGGACAGAGCAUAGAUCUCCUGCAUCCGGCAGUGGAGGGGUUAAGCCUCAAUUGAAUCCUUUAUGGUUCUUGUACAGUUUUGUUUUUUUCUUUUUUAAUUCCGUUUUGCGAGUGGUUGGUUUAAAAUAAUGAACAAAAACAAAAUAUAUAUAAAAAAAAUGGAAAUAUAAUGAAUUUUUUUUUUGUACAUAUGUAAUGUUAAGAUUGUACAUUUCUUCUAUGGGUGGGCGCCUCAGGUUUGAGAGGUGCUGAUACGGUCAAUGCUCCUGGUGAGACACAUAGCUGCAUUCUAUGUAUAUUUAUAUGGUGUAAUAUAGACAAAUUGAGAAUUGUAGAGUCGUUAUUUCUGAAAUUGUUGUAUCACAUUGCACUGUCCUCUGUACCUUACCAAAUCAUGAAUUACAGCUUCUGAACUGAA